AUGGCUGUGUUACCAUCCAGAGACGACCGCCGAAUCAUCCUCCACUUUGAUUAUGAUUGUUUCUACGCCUCGGUCUUUGAGGUGGAGCAGCCGGUGCUGAAAUCCCUGCCGUUGGCCGUCCAGCAGAAACAGAUCGUAGUCACCUGUAAUUAUGAGGCCCGCCGGCGCGGGUUGCGCAAGCUCCAGUUGAUCAAAGAGGCCAAACAGAUCUGCCCGGACGUCGUCAUUGUCUUAGGUGAAGAUCUGUCUAGAUUUCGCGAUGCAUCCAAGGAUCUAUUCCUCUACAUUAGGUCCUUCGUUUGGGGGGAGAAGGUCGAAAGACUCGGGUUUGAUGAGUUGUUCUUGGAUGUCACCGAGAUGAUCAACUACAAUGUCGAUCUGUUAAAUCGCUAUGAUCUGGAACAUUCAUUCUUUCAUCUGGACCGGCACGAACCCACCGUGGGUUUCACUUAUGAUGCCACCCGAUUAUGUGGCUCCACUUACCCAGCUGAUCCGAAUACGAUCGCUGCCGCUGCGCCCUCGACGACUGCGACAGCUGACGAAGACGCAUCAGCCUGGCUUUACACUCGACUGCUGGUGGCCUCGCACCUCGCAGGCUACCUUCGCGGUCAACUGGAGCAGCAGAAAGGGUACACUGCCACAGUGGGGAUCUCUACGUCCAAGCUUCUCGCCAAGCUCGCAGGCAGCACUCAUAAACCGAACAACCAGACUACGCUGCUUCCCCCGUAUACUACUACACCGACGCUUGCUGCGCCCAGUAAUGUGCUGAAUUUUCUCGAUGCGCACGAAAUCAGGAAGAUCCCUGGGAUCGGCUCCAAACUGACGCGGAAACUCUGUCACUAUCUUGCUGAUGAAGGCGCUCACUCAGUCCCAGCGGUGACCGCCGACGACACCGCUGACUCUGUCAAGGUGACUGUGAGAGACAUCCGGUUGUUGCCUGGCAUGGGCCCGUCCCUGCUCAGUCGGAUCUUAGGGGGUCCAGGGGCACCCCGAGAUAUCGGGGUGCGGAUCUGGGGACUGCUGCAUGGCGUAGACAAUACCGAGGUCGUCCAGGCAGGAGAUUUGCCCACGCAGAUAAGCAUCGAAGAUUCCUACGGUCGCCUGGACAGUUUCGACAGCGUCCGUAAAGAGCUAGUCUCGCUCACAGGGAGCUUACUUCGUCGGAUGCGGACGGAUCUGACAGAGAAGGAUAUGGAGACUGACGGUACAGCAGCAAACCAAGUUGCAGUGUCUAAAGUCCGAUGGCUCGCGCAUCCACGGACCCUGCGGCUGUCCACCCGGCCCCGAUCUGCCACCGACAAUGCGCAAGCUUACCAUGGGGGGAGAAUUUCUCGGUCAGCGCCGCUGCCCGGCUAUGUCUUUCAUCUUGAUGAGAGUGUAGAGGCGCUGGCUGAACGGUUGGUACAAGAUCAGCUACUGUCCAUGUUUCGCAAGCUUCAUCCGGAGAGAUCUGGGUGGAACCUGCGGUUAAUGAAUGUCGCAGUGACGAAUCUGGUAGAGGCAGCUGGAGAACGGAAGCAAAGCAGUGGACGCGAUAUUGGUAAGAUGUUUCAGAGCCAAGGGUCGCGGCGCAUCGAUGCCUUGGCCAUUUCUGAGCCAGUGCCUGUCUCUACGGGUAACAGCGGUACGAUGAUUCACCUUCAGGAACCCCUUCAUCGUGGAGACAGUGCAGCCGUGACCGAGAACGACGUGGAGGAAGCUGCAUGGGAAGAGAGCGAUGGAGAAGAUGGUAUGGCUUGUGUAGCAUGUGGCGUCUGCGGCGCCAUGAUUCCGCAUUUCGCCCGAGAGGCGCACGAAGCAUUUCAUUUGGUUCCCGACUGA